AAACAAUGCGUGCAUUUGUUGUCUGUUUUGAUCACUUAUUGAAUCUAUUGAAUCCAUGUCUUAACCGUAAGAAACCGUUUACGAGAUAAUCGUUGAAUUGAAGGCCAAGACAUGAAACAAAGCGAUGGUAUGUCGGGAACCAUUGAUAUGGAGCCGUGUCUGCAGAUGUCGCCCAACCUGCUCUCGGAUAUGCAUCAGUUCCGGUACAUCCGGUUCCAGGGGAACGACACCUCAUAUAAAGUGAAUUCAAUGGACUGGAACUCUUCGGGCACUCAUCUGAUCGCCUCAUCGGACGACUCAGUGGUGCGGAUCUUCGACAUGAAUGGCGUGGAAGUGAAUCUGAUUCCAUCGAAAAAGCACGGAUCAGAUUGUAUUCAGUGGCUGAACGACACGAAUACCGCGGUCUUCGCCUCCAAAUACGAGACUCAGAUCGGAUCAGAUGUCCAUAAAAUCAGACAUUUGGACGUCGAGAGGAAGACAUUUAUGCACUACUAUUGCGGACAUGAGAGACAGGUGACCGGUAUAUCCAUAAACCGAAACCACAACUGUUUCCUGUCGGCAUCGCUGGACAAUACGAUCCGUUUGUGGGACAGCCGUCUGGACGCCCAAAUCAAACCGGGAGACCGACGAUCGUUGGCUAUACUCAAGUGUUUGGGCCGAUCGGUGGUGUCCUUCGACCCGUUGGGCGUCGUGUUUGCCGUUUGCCUCCAAAUGGACUCUUCUAUACGUCUCUACGAUUUACGCAAUUACUCGAGCGGUCCGUUCACUGUGUCUCGCCUACAGCCCAACGCCGCGUUCGGUGAGGUGUACGGCCUGUCCUUCUCGCCCAACGCCAAGAUGAUAGCCCUGUCGACCAAUGGCUCCCAAAUGGGAGUACUGGACGCCUACACUCUCAACGAAAUGAGUGUUUUGACGGGUUUUAAGAAUGAGCUGAGGAAGGAACUGGAGCUCUCGUGGUCUCCCGACUCGAACUACUUGUUCUGUGGGUCGAGCGGUGCCUUUGCGGGUCCGGGCAAUUACGGUCACCUCAAUAUGUUUAACGCCCGAACCGGCGAUCACCUCAAGAAUUGGCGAUCGCUUCACGAGGCGUUCACUCGUAUCGUGAAAGUGAAUCCAAUGUAUUAUAUGAUCGCCAGUGCCUGUCAUGACAUCUCCUACUGGAGCCCCACUACUGAAGUGGUCGACGAUUUGAUUGAAAAAAUUGAGGGCAAAACUGGUUAACCCUUUAUUUGAAUAAUAUUUUUGUUGUUUAUUUAGUUUUUUAAUUAAGUUUUUGACUGUUCAGAGGUUUACUAUAUUUGAUCUCAAAAUUAUGUGAUUUUUAUAACUUAUG